AUGGCAAUGCGAAGCCCCGCUCACCUCAACCUCCACGCCCACCACGAAUUCACCGUGGCAACGAAACGUGCAUGUUCCGACGCUUGCCCGUCAACGAAACGCCUCCGCGAAUGCGACGAGGCGUCGUCGUCGUCGCUUCUCCUCCCGGUGGACCUCCUGCUCGAGAUCGCCGCGCGCGCCGACGUCGCGACCGUCGUCCGCUGCGCCGCCACCUCCAAGCACUUCCGCGCCGCCAUCCUCGAGCAGGGCUUCCGCCGCCGCCGCCGCCUGCUCAACGGCCGCGCAGCCGCAGGCUUUGAUCCCAGCUCCGUCCGCGGCAUCUCGUACAAGCUCACGGACAGGGACGAAGACGACAUCUGUCGGUCCCACACCGUGCGCCUACUCCAGACCCCGCCAUCCGACACGGCCAUCAGCCGUUCCAGAGCGGUCAGCCUCUGCCUGGAGCCCGUGGCCUGGCGCGACGGCCUCGUCAUCCUCCGCCACAGCCAAAGCGGGGAGCUUGCGGCGUGCAACCGCAACACCGGACACGAGGCGCCCCUCGGUGAUCCCGCGGCGCUGGCCGUGAGCGAUGACUACCCUCACGCCCUGCUCACCGUCGACGGCGGCGGCGGCGGCGGCGGCGGCGGUAGCUUCGAGCUGCUCGUCGCGGACAAGGAUCUGCGGUUCCAGACCUACUCGUCACGGCACGGCAAGUGGGGCGCCGUCGUCCACGCGGCGGCCGCCGCAGCCCAGCACCACCUCCACCAUCCGCCGUCCAGCCAGACAGCGCGCACGCGCGAUCCCUCCAAGCACCCCGUGGUCAUCAACGGGAACAGCGUCCACUGGCUAUGCGGGUGCCGCGGCGGUUUGGACGCCGGGCGUCUGCACAUCGUCGCUCUGGGCGUGGACACGGCCGCGGCGGGUGCAAGAGCAACCGUGAUCGACCUGCCGCGGGGCUGCGUCAGCCGGAUGAUGGGCUUCAAGCACAAGAGCGGGAUCACGCUGGCCGUCUCGGCGGACGGGAGGCUGAGCCUGGUGGUGUCGGAGACCCAGGUGAUAUCGAUGUGGACGUCUGAGGUCGGGGAUCCAGAUCAGAUCACGUGGAGCCGGCGGGUGGUGGUGGACAGGCAGGAGUGGGGCGUGCACGCGUCGAUUCGGUUCGAGGGGUUCGGGGAGAGGAGCGGCACCCUGCUGUUUUACAUGUCCUAUGUUGGGCUCGUCCAGCUCAACCUUGUCACCAACAAGGCCCUCGUCGUGCUCCACAGAAAACACCCCUGUGCGAGUCGCAUCUCACAGGUGUGCUUGCGCGAGAUAAACCUGCCCUCUCUGCUGCAAACCAUGAAACCUUUUCAUUUUUCAAGUUGUUGCUUCCUCCGAUUCUAAAUUUUUGUCCUUGUUUUAGUUCGAAAUUUAGGAUAUGAGAUAGUAGUAUCUAAAUUCUGAAUCACCUCCUGUCAGCUGUGAUGCAUCCUUUUUUAUGCUGGUGCCUUGUCCGGAAUGGUGGGUGUGAUACUUUGGGGUAGCAGGGGAGACUUCGUCGCCUUUGGAACUGCUGCUCAGAUAUGAUGACUAAGCAAAAGAAGUAAACAACACUACAGCUACAUAGCACAUAUGCAUUGGUAAACAUUUUGCUGGUGCUAAAAAUCCUCUAUAUCUAAGCAGAGGCAACUCACUGUCUGAUUUUCCUGACCUCUCGUGAAGCCACGUCAUCUUCUUUUCACAGCGCACGCGAUUCUGUACCGACGCAAUCGCGGGUGUCCCGUUCUCCUGAGGCACCGAUGCAGUCGCACCUUCCCGCUAUUUGGGCUUCGCCAACGUCCAUAGUUGUUGGGCCAAGUUUUUAGCCCACCUAUGCAGCAGAAAAAAAAAACUUCGAUCCCCAAUUCCCGAUUUCUACUGCGCUUCGCCUCCAAUCCGUCCUCCUCCCCCGUGGGCCUGCCGAUUCCGUGGCCUGCGCAGCUGCGCUGCUUCACCUGCCCUGCCCCCAUCUUCCCCCGUCUCGCCUGCCUGUGCGCUGCUUCGCCUCCCCGUCCACAGCCGUCGCCGUUUCUUCAGUCUGUUCGUCUACAUCAGUAUCUCCGCCGGCGCGGCCGAUCCUCUCCCGCUCACAAAUAAUGCAGCCACCAAUGCUCCAGAAACGGCCCCGCGUAUCUAAGCAUUCAUGAUUGGGGUCAGCUGAGCCGUCACCUUCUUCAUCCUUUAAACCCCUGCCCGUGCCACCACCCACCUGCUCGAUUCACCCAAUCUGGCACCUGCCUUCUCAUGUACUGGAUUUUACUUCGGUUAGCCGUGCUGCUCGCUCAAAUUAGGAGUCAUUGUUAUGCAGAGCCCAGGAUUUGAUUCAAUUUUGCAUGUAGCACGCUGGACAACACGACCUACUUGCAUCGUUUCAGGCAGAUGCGGACACAGCUGCGCUGAGAAUUCUUUGUGCACAUGAGGUUCUAAACCGCAUAAAUAUUAGAUCAUUCAGUUUACGGAACAUGAUGGAAGGACAUAACACAGCAAGCAACAUCAGAAGUCAGCACUGCACUGCCUUCUACCUAAAAUUAGUUAUAGUGAUGUUUGAAUAAAAUUAUUGGUAACUAUAUUGAUCACCUUUAAUUUCUAUCCAUCAGACCUCUUACUAAUAUUGUUUCAUAUUUGUCCAAUGCAUGCAUAUGCAUCUAUCUGAGUGAAUAAAAUCUCUGCACUUUCUUCUCA